AUGGCCUAUCAACGUGCUGAUCCUGCACCCUUUGUUCCCAAUGGGAUGCUUCGCUUGAACGUGCCUGGAAGGGUUCCCAUGGUGCGUGCUGUUGCAAGAUCAAGGCCCCAACGAAGGAAUGAGACGGUGGCCAUCGUCACAAUCAAUCCACUGCUUGGUAAUGCUCUUCACUUUCCUGCUGUUAGAGAGGUCCUACAAGAGUUCUUUGAAGAAAGGCAUGUUGCAUUCACUGAUAUUCAGCCUAGUCAUCUUGGGCAAGCUCUUGUUUGUUUCAAUUCUCCGAAUCAUAGAGAUGCUUUAAUCAUAAGCAGUCCUAUGCCAAUGGGAGAUGUUCUACUAGACAUAAUCAAGUGCGAGAUAGUGAGCCAUGAAUUUGUUGGUGGGGGUCCUCCUCCUGAAGAUCCUGCACCACACCAUUUGGAUCACCUGGCUCCUUUUGAUUUUUUUGGGCUAGGCCAACCAGCUCCUGAUGCCCUGAAUGGUGACUUUUUAGACCUGAAUGAUUUCAUGCAUGAUGUUGAGGAAGAAGUCAUACAAGUGGUUGGGCAAAACCCUAGUUUUGAUCUGAAUAAUCUGCCUGUUAACCAAGAGAAUGUUCCUCCUGCUAACCAGGAGCAGUUUCAGUUUGCUGAAGAAAUGCAAUUUUCUAAUCUACCAAUUGAACCAAUGAUAGAUGAUGAAAUACCUUUACACAUGUUGAUGGAUGGUAAUGAGUUGGACCAAGAAGAGGACCAAGAAGUGGAUCAGCAGAUGGAUAAUGCAGCAAAUAAUAUUCUGAAUGUGGGCACCGUUUUGAUAAGAGGGGAAUCAUCAGCUGAUCCUGUUUUUUUGCAAAGGCAGAGCAAUUUCAGAGAUGAUUAUAGUGAGUUCUGGAUGACUGCUUCAGAGAAUAUCCCUGGUAGGAAAGUAAAGGUUUCAGCCCAAUGGGCACCCUUCUUUACUUCAUUGCUCCUCUCACCUGGGAACUUCAAAUGGGCCAAAAGCUUCAUUGAAUCUGAAGCCUGGGCUUUUUUCAACAAAUCCUUGAACUCCACUCUCAUUAAAGUUCAUGAUCACUGUCCAGCACAAAAGCUACCCUGCAUUAGUAAUGAUCACAGCAGCCCUCCCUGCUACCUGAGCAGACUGCUGAAGCUACAACCUGAUACUCAAGCUGAAGAAGGAAUCAUACUCCAGAAGAAGAAGAUGGCUAAAAAGACUGUGGCAAAGAAGCAACUGAAGGAGAACAAGAAGCCCGAUGAUGCUGAUCGUGACCUUCAAGACCAAGAUGGUGCUAACCCUUCACUUGCAGGGGAAGAUGCACCAAAGAAGAAAUCAAAGAAAUGA